GACCGACUCAUUAGAGGGUUGUGCCUUUUCCAGUUUUUCUCCUCGUUUUUCCCCUCGAGAGCUUUUCCACGUUAUACUGAACCCUCUCUUCUCUCUCUCCUCCAUUAGAGCGUAAUUAUUCUUUUCUGAGGUAUAAUUCUCCAUUGAAGUAGCUUGUGAGCUUUCUCUCCUCCAUUGAAGAUUUGAUGCAGCUUCCGAGAAUUUGGUUAAUAUAACCCUUUAAUGUGAGGAUGAAAUUGUGAAAAUGGACUUCUUUCUAUUCAAUAAGAGUUUUUGGAAAAGGCACAAGAAGAAAAUAUUGGUUUCAUUGGGAGUUGCUGGAACUGGGUAUUUUUGGUACAAGUUGUAUGAUGCUCACAAACACCGGCUUGCUGAACUGGAAUUGGAACUUGCUGACCGCCGGGAGAAUGAUGAAAGCAUUAAGGCUCAAAUGCAAGAACAUUUCGAGACCAUUCAGAGAAUAGCUAGCACAACGACGUUGCCUCGAGCCAUGAACUUCUUAAGCACUAGGACAAAUGAGGAGUUAAACCUUUCGGUGUUGACGGAGAGGCUGAAACAAGGAAAGGAUGUUUUGACCCUUCCAGAGAAACUUGAACUAUGGGAUAAACUCAAAGUACUGAGCUUCACUAAAAUGGUUACAUCAAUUUGGUCGGUUACUAUGCUUAGCUUAUUUGUUAGAGUACAAGUGAACAUACUUGGAAGACAUCUUUACAUUGACAUUGCAAGAUGUCAGGAAAGCUCCCCAUUGCUUGAAGAAGCUAGUCUCAUUGGUCAGGAUGAUGAACAAAAUUUUUUAGCUAGGGCUGAUUUUCUGGCUAGUCAUGGGUUGCCUGCUUUAAUCUUCAAUAUGCAGGCUGCUGCAUCAGAAGUCCUAAAAUGCAAACAGCUGAAAGAUAUCUUUGAUCCCUUAAUACUUCAUGAAACUAUUGUUCAAGUACUUGACACAUUCAUGAGCAUGGGAAGGCCUCGUCAUUGGAUGGAAUACUUGCUGCCAGAAGAUGCUAAAUUGCCAAGCUUAGCUGCAUCUCAGAGCGGUGAUAAUUUAAUUAUUUCUGAUAUGCCCAAAUUCGAUCAACUCAUGACGGAGACGCAUACUGUUUUAUCGAGUAACGAGUUCACAAAUGUGGUAGAUGUAUCUCUCAAGACGCUGGUGAAUGCUAUAGUGAGAGAUAUUUUUGUCGAUCAAUCAGGAGCAGGUACACCCUCAUCAGGCAUAGCAUUGGUGAAACUUUUGCCUCGAGUUGCACAAAUGAGUCAGCUACUACUUGAUGAACCUACAAGUAACCAGUUUGUUCAAACGAUAAAAAAUAUACAGGAUGUUGAGUUGUUCUUCACCAUCCUCUAUGCAAAUGCUUUAACUGUUUAAUCACUUUGGAGAUUGUACAAUAGAUAUUUGUCUCAAGAUUCAGAUAAAUAGAAAUUUGUCUGCACAGUCGCAAUAUCUGUUGGAAUUUAA